AUGGUGACAAACCAGGAGCUCAACUCCCGCCGCGAGCCCGGCUGCACCGUCAUCCUCGCCGACAAGAAAUACUUCCACGUAGGCAACUGGUUCAUGAAGCGCACCCUCCGCCCACACGAAUGGCAGUCCCCUCCCCACGGAGCCGCCAUCAUCGCCAGCCCCCCCACGACGUAUCCCCAGCGCUGGAAGACAGACGCCGCGAUACUAGACUUUCUGCGGCAGAACACAGACAUCCCGUUGCCCCGCGCGCAGUGCACGUUCGAGGACGACGGGGCGUUCUACUUCCAGAGCGAGUACGUCGAGGGCGUGAGCAUGAAGGAACUGGAGCGGCAAGAGGAUAAAGAGGUCGUCAUGCGGGAGCUGGAGGGGCACGUCGUGACCUUGCGCCGUCUGCGCUCAGAUAUGCCCGGCGUGCCGGGCGAGUCCCUCAUGUGCGCCCCGCAGCGCGUCACCAGCCGUCGAUGGAAGGCGAACAGUUGCUGGAGGCCGCGGGGAGACAGCAAGGGCGAGUACGUGUUUUGCCACAACGACCUCGGACAGCACAACGUGAUUGUGGACCCCGACACGCUGAGGAUUAAUGCCAUCAUUGACUGGGAGUUUGGCGGCUUCUGGCCUGAGUGGUUUGAGCGGCCGUUCUGGAAGCGCACGGGCCCCAGCGCGGUGCUCCAAGGCGAGGAAGACGAUGUGCAACGGUGCCGCGACUGGCUCAUGACACAUUGCGAUGAAGUGACGAUGCCUGGUCUUGAGUGCUACACGAGUGUCAAAUGA